CCAAGUGGUAAGAAGUUCAGAAGCAAGCCUCAGUUGGCAAGAUACCUGGGAAACACUGUUGAUCUCAGCAGUUUUGACUUCAGAACGGGAAAGAUGAUGCCCAGUAAAUUGCAGAAGAACAAACAGAGACUAAGGAAUGAUUCUCUCAAUCAAAAUAAGGGAAAACCAGACUUAAAUACCACCCUCCCCAUCAGACAGACGGCGUCCAUCUUCAAGCAGCCAGUCACCAAAGUUACCAACCACCCCAGCAACAAAGUCAGGUCUGACCCCCAGCGAGUGACAGAGCAGCCAAGGCAGCUCUUCUGGGAGAAGAGGCUACAAGGUCUCAGUGCAUCAGAUGUCAGUGAACAAAUCAUAAAAUCCAUGGAGCUACCUAAAGGUCUUCAAGGUAUUUGUGGUGAAAAUGCCCAGGGUUUAAUUUCCAGCAUUAAUUUAAGGCUUUAUAGUAUUGCNGCCCCCGUCCCCCGUCAGCUCUCGGCCGCCGUGGAGAAGAACCCGGCCGUGUGGCUCAACACUGCCCAGCCCCUCUGCAAAGCCUUCAUCGUCACAGAUGAGGACAUCAGGUGA